UCAUUUGUGAUUAGUACACCGUUUGCAAACAUGGCAGAUCUGCACACACUUGUGGAGAGAUUGGAGAAAGUUGUUGAAAGGCUGGAAGUAGUGUCUCAGUCUGGGUUUUCUGGAGGAGAUGGAGGUGGCGCCUGUGAAGCUAGUGCUGCUUAUGUUGAAGCCUUUGAUGCUCUGAUCUCUGGUCCCGUGGCAGAAUAUCUCCGACUCAGCAAGGAAAUCGGUGGUGAUGUGGAGAAGCAUGCAUCCAUGGUUGGUGCAGCUCUUCAGUCGGAAAGAAAUAUCCUGGUGCUGGCAUCAAAGAGUCAGCAGCCCCCUCAGGACCAACUUUCUGCUGUAUUGAAGCCAGUGUCUGAUAAAAUCCAGCAAGUCCAGGAUUUCAGAGAGCAGAACCGUACCAGCAAGUUAUUCAACCAUCUGUCCGCCGUCAGUGAAAGUAUUUCUGCCCUUGGAUGGAUAACCAUGAGUCCAAAACCUGGUCCAUUUGUGAAGGAGAUGACUGAUGCAGCUACGUUCUACACAAACAGAGUGCUGAAGGACUACAAGGACACUGAUAAGAAGCAUGUUGAAUGGGUGAAAGCCUACAUUAAUAUCUGGACAAAUUUGCAAGCUUACAUCAAAGAAUACCACACAACUGGCCUUUCCUGGAGCAAGACGGGUCCAAAGGCUUCUGCUGCUGCCAUACAUUCUGCACCCAGUGGUGGCGGACCUCCACCUCCCCCUGGGCUACCUCCUCCACCAGCACCAGCAGACCAUGCUGCAGAAGGUGAUGUAGGUAGUCGCUCCCGACUCUUUGCUCAGCUGAAUCAGGGAGAAGCUAUUACCAAAGGAGAAUUAUGAGAAUAACUCCAAUGUGGUGGUUAGCAACACAGAACUGAAGCAAGUGGUAUAUAUUUUCAAAUGCGUCAACAGCACGGUGCAAGUUAAAGGGAAGAUAAACUCCAUAACUUUGGAUCAGUGUAAAAAGGUGGGGCUCGUUUUUGAGGAUGCUGUUGGAAUAGUAGAGGUCAUCAACUGUAAAGAUGUUAAGGUUCAGGUGAUCAAUAAAGUGCCAACCAUUUCCAUCAACAAGACAGAUGGCUGCCAUGUAUACUUGAGUAAGGAUUCCUUGAAUUGUGAAAUAAUCAGUGCCAAGGCUUCUGAGAUGAAUGUCCUCGUUCCUGCUGCAGGAGGCGAAUUUACGGAGUUUCCAGUCCCAGAGCAGUACAAGACUACAUGGGAUGGACAUAAAUUGGUCACCACAGUAACAGAAAUAGCCGGGUAAAAGCAAUGAAAAUUGGAUCAGGAUAUCCACCGGUCAGCACAGACUGCCUACAGAGCAAAAAGUCCCCAGAUCAUUUUGUUUCCAGUUUUCCUGCACAGCUUACCUGUAGAUGUCAACCCCACUUUCUUUUUACCUCCUACCUACAGCAAUGUGUAACUGUUUGCAUCAAGUCUAGAAACACCUUUGUGGAGAAGGUUCUUCACUGCUAAAAUAAAUGCGGUAUGGAGAUGUGGAUUCUGCCGAUAUUCAUCUGAGCAUUCCAUUCAUUCUCAAGGGCUGCCUCUGUCUCAUUUGUUACAAGAUGUGGUAGCUACCUUUCCCUCCCAGUCCUCUUUUGAACCCACGGCCAAUUUAAUCUCCAAUGUAAUAGGUUUCUCUUAGGGGGGGGGGUGGAUGGCAGAAGUCUUGGUACAAUCACUGGCAAAAUAAUUUUGUAAGGUGGUCAUUUUAUUUUUGUAGCACUUUAUACAGUUUGGCGUUCACUUCAAAAUAAACUCCACCUGUCCCAUCUAUUCAUAAUCGCAGCAUAGGAGGGAAAUGAGUGAAGUUGCAGCUGGCUGUACACACUGAACAUGACUUCUCAGAAUUGUAGUACAUUCUCAAGGCAGGGUUUGGUAGAGUCACAUUGUGCCAUUUCAAAGAAGGCGCAACAAGAAAGCGGCUUCUGUGAUCAGUGACCAAAGGAGAGGAAGACUUGAGGCAGUCCUGCCUUUCUGCACUGUUUAAUAGUUUCCGUAAUAUUUCAGGAACAAAAUUGCUUUUUUUUUUUUUUUGCAUUUUUUAACAGACCUCUAUUAAGAGGUAGCCUACACAGGAUUAACUACCAUACACUCGUUUCUUCAGAGUAAAAGACCAAAGGGGAGAAGUGUUAUGUUUGAUCAGUCAUAUGUGAUGCUGGUCAUCUUGUUUGCACAGUAGGUUCUGCAGAUGCUACAGAGCAGUUUUUAAUUGAAUCAGUUUUUCUGUGCAACUCCAGCCCCAUGACUGUCCACUUUGGGGGGUUGUAGGUAUCUUUUUGGGAUCAGAAGUGAACUUUGGGCUUAGAUGGUAGUGGCAAACAUUCCUGUUUACUGACUGGAUCAGCAUUAUUUCCACUUAAUCUUAAUGUCUUUCUUUCCUGCAGUUUUGUCCUUCCUAAGUCUGCAUUUUUAUUAUAGUCAGCUUGCUGUGUGCAUAUUAUAAUGGGUACUGUACUGUACAAUAAGGGAAUAUAAAGAACUUGUCUGUCAUAGGAUUUACAGGGCUUUUUCUCUAUCGGUCUCAGUGAUUUUUUUUAGGAGCUGUUUGACAAAGCUAGGGAGAGCACUUGAACCACCUCUCCACGUUUAUGAGAAUGAAUUGGGGUGGGAAAAAAUUUUUACAUGCAAUAAAAAUAAAAGUAAAGUCUUGGUUUUAA